AUGCUUUUCAUAGACAUAUUACUUGGCAUUGUAUUACCUGUACACAUCCUCUAUACCAUUCAUGCCCCUAGGCGGAUAAAACUGGUUGCUGGAUUUGUACUCUCAUUGGGUUCAUUUGCCAGCGUAGCUACAAUUGCUAGACUGGCGUACACCGCCAGUGUUGACAAAGACGAUAUUCUCUAUACAAUUAACGUUCCAUUUCUCUGGGGAGGCCUUGAGUUAGGGAUAUGCAUAUUUUGUACCUCUGCCACAACUCUCAAGCCACUUCUGGCUGCUAUGAAGUUGUUUCAUAGCAAAAGCGACGUCUUAGAGCCUAGAAACGAGCUGCAAAAUGGUAGCUCACGGCCGACGAAAGCCAUUUCGUUGGAUGCGAAAGGGCUAUUCAGUGCUCCGGGGAAAAACAACGGGAUAAAUGCAAGGCAUUCCAGCCCAGAGGAGAUUAUUUGGGACGGCAAAGAUGCGACGAAAGCGACCCAAAAGAACAUGAAUUUUGACUUGAGCUCCGAAUAG